UGCGUGCGGCUGAAGGGAAAAACUAACUUCCUGGGCGACAGGUGAUUAGAAAACGUUGGAAACGAAACUGUCGACUGCGAUGGCCUGAUGCUGCGGCAGACGGUCACAUUCCGCGGUGAACAGAGGCGAGGAUAUGGAGAUCUUUAGUACAUGGGUACUUCUGCUCAAUGUCUUCGAAUCGUUGACACCAUUUAUGCUGGUUCUCUGAGGUUUCUUAUGAAUUGUAAAGUGUCGACAGAGAGCAACCAGAGAAGGAGAAGACAUGGCGAGUGCUCGAGUCCCUCUGGAUGAGCAGCAGGUGACUGAAGCUGGACCACUGGGGAAGAAACGAACGCUGCCUGCUCUGCACCCAGAGAGGGCGCAGGACCGAUGCUUUGUGCCUUAUAAACCUCCUCCAGAAGAAGCCUCUCCUGCCGAGGUGGAGGAGUUUUUAGAACGUGCCACAUUCAUCACUGAGGACCUGGAGUGGCUGCUGGCGCUGCCUCACGACAAGUUCUGGUGUCAGGUCGUGUUUGACGAGUCUCUACAGAGAUGUCUGGACUCGUACCUUCAUCACGCUCCUCGAGGCCUCGACCUCGCCGCCCUGCCGUCCUCUCAGGCGGUGGCCGACACGCAGCGCUCCAUCCACAGGGCGGUUUUCCUGACCUUCCUCAGGAUGGCGACGCAUAAAGAAUCAAAGGAGAGCUUCAUCACCCCGGCUGUGUUUGGAGAAAUCAUCUACGAGAACUUCCUCUUUGACAUUCCCAAAAUCCUGGAUCUGUGUGUGCUGUUUGGAAAAGGCAACAGUCAGCUGCUGCACAAGAUGAUCCAGAACAUCUUCACCCAGCAGCCGUCCUACUACAGCGACCUGGACGAGACGGUGCCCACCGUCCUACAGGUGUUUGAUACGAUCCUGGAUAAAUGUGGUCUCCAGUGUGAAGGAGCUGCUGCCAUGGAGCCAAUGAAGCUCAGUGCACACAAACAACCCACUGCCAUGACCAUGAGCCAGCAGGAUCUUGCAGAUUUAAUUUUGUACCUGUGUGACUCCACCACCACCAUCCAUGCCUUCCUAGACAUCUUUCCUGCCGCCUGCUCCAGCUUCUACUCCCACGGCUUCAUCAGCAGACUGACCUCGUUUUAUGAGACCGCUGUGCCCGACCUGGAGAAGGCAGUCAGGAAGAGAAACUUUGACGAUAAAAGUCUCCAGGACGACUUGUGGAAGCGGCUGUCUCACUCCUGCCGUAAGAUGGUGGAGACGACUCACCUGCUGCUGCAUCACACCUGCCUGCAGCCGAUACUGGAGGGGAGAGAAAACAUGCAGACGUCUGCAGAGGAGCUCCUACAACAUUUCACUUCAUUUUUACCUGACAAAAGGUUCUUGUCUGACUACGACGAACAGUUUCCCAUCGCAGACGACAUCAGCCUCCUGCAGCAGGCUCUACCCGUCAUCGAUGAGACCAGGACGUCUUACCUGCUGCAGGGCGUUGAAAGCGCCUGGGACAGCGUAGGACGACGGAAACCUCAGAGCCAGAGGAAAACAUCGUCACCGCUGUCGUCCAAUCAGGGCGCAGUGGGCGGAGCUACUGCUGCCGCCGCUUCAGGUGGAUUCAAAGCUCCGGAGGUCAGAGAGCCUGAAGGAGCCGGGGCCAUGCUAGAGGUUCCCCGCAAAGGAAAUAACGGCGCUGUGUGUCCGGUCAGCGGUGCAGAGCUGGAGUCUCUGCUGUCGUGUAUCAGAGAUCUGCUUCCUGAUCUGGGUGAAGGUUUCCUGCUGGCAUGUCUGCAGGAGUACGACUACAACUCUGAGCUGGUCAUCAACAACAUCCUGGAGGACAGAUUGGCGCCGAACCUGGACAAACUGGACCGAGCCAUGCCGAGGCCGGUGAAGGAGGAGCUUCCAUCUGUGCUGAACAACAGAUCCAACGUGUUCGACGACGACGAGUUUGACGUCUUCCGCAGAGAUCAGGUGGACACGUCUCGAAUCUGGAAGGGCCGGAGGAAAGGUGGAAGUGCCAAAGAGCUGCUGAACGACAAGCAGCACAUCGAGGAUCAGAGAGCUCGUUAUCAGGCCUACGAGACAGUGGUGGACGAAGUCGUCAUCGAACCCGGAGACGACGCCGCUGCCUACGACCUCGACUACGACGACGAGUACGACGACACGUACGACAUGAACCAAGUGGGAGCCAACGACCUGGACGGAGACACUUUACUGAACAGAAGACCGUUCACCGUCCCACAAGCACUGAGGAAAGGAAACAAAGUGGAGGAAGAGGAGGAGGGUGAAGAGGAGCAAGAGGAUGACACUUUACAGAACAACCCAAACAGGGACCAGUUUGUGCAGGAUCCGGCUGUGCUGAGGGAAAGAGCUGAAGCCAGAAGAGCCGCCAUGCAACAGAGGAAAGGCAUCCGGCCAGAACGUCCCAGUAACGUUGUGGGUCGACCCAAAGGCCAAGGACAAACCACGGAGACAUUCCUGGACCGACGCAAGAAGGAGGCCAACAAGAGCCGAGUGUCCAACCACAACCGACGCACGAUGGCCGACCGCAAGAGGAACAAAGGGAUGAUCCCGUCCUGACCGCAGAGACGAGGAGAACCUGCUGAUGUUCUGCUGUUGAAAGGUUGCAUUUAGUUUGCAGACUGAACUUUCAGACGGUCGGCUCAUUACAAAAACCAAAGUUACGAGAAUGACGACAAAGAAUCACACCUUUUUCUUUUGCCAAGUAACAAAGAAAUUUAUUAAGAUCCAGAGUGAUAGAAUGAAGUUUCUUUGACAUCAUAAUCGACCGAUAGACGACAUAGGAAUAAGAUGCAGAGACGCCAGUGGCUUUUCUCCUCUGUAGCUUUAAAGAACAGUAACUGACCUGGUGAUUAGAUCUGAUGUGCUGCUUUUACUGCUCAUCUGUGUGAGCGUGUAGCGUUCAAGUGUUGUCACAAACUAAAUAACUCCUCCACAACCAUCUUCUGACUACGGAGCUCUGGAAACGUCACGGCGAGAAGAUUUAGAAAUCUGCUUCACAUUCCCUCUGAUUCAUGUGAACAGUCGGUCUGUCAUUUUAAACAGCUGAUCUGUGACGGUGAAGCUGUGGUACAUUCAUGGUUAUUGUUUCAGCUGCUGCUGUGGAUGCAUCCAGCUGUUACUGACAGAUGUUUGUUCAGUUAGGUCUGAAUAAUGAUCAGUUAUGAAACCAAAUCACCAUUUAAAACAAGCCAGUUAGCAGCUCACAAAUGCUGCAGUUUAAGAUACACGAAAUAAGUCUAAAAAAAAAAAAGAGAGCAGCAAUGUUUAGAAGUAAACUAUCAAAUUAAUUUUCAGCUGUUUUGAUGAUCAGUUAAUUAGCUUGAGUACUUUUUUGGGAUACGUGGUCUAUGUUCUGUGGUUUCAGCUUCUUUCAUGACAGUAAACUGAAUAUCUUUGAGUUGUGGAUGUCAUUUAGGGCUUUGACAAACAUUUUAUCGACCAAAAAACUAAUUGAAGAAACAAGAAAAUGAUCAGUAGAUUAAUAAACAAGGAUAAUAAUGUGGCUGUUUGGUACAAUUACAGCUGUGACUUAUUUGUUUUGUAACUGGUCUAACAGACCAUCUUUUGUUCAGUUUACUUCACUCAUAAAUACAAACAUCUGUCAUAGAAACAGCUGGAUUUAUCCACAGCGGCACAGAUUGAACCAAUAACCAGUCAGAGCUUCACCAUCACAGAUUGGCUUUUUAAAACGAAUUAAUGCAUCAUUUCUCCUCUUUGCAGAAUCUGAGCGUUUCCCUAAACGUUAAACCAACAACCGGCUGUUCAUACAGAUCAGAUGGACCUCCUUAAAACAGAUUGUGAAGACAUGCAAAUCAAAACCUUCCUACCGUGACCCUGCAGGACUCGGUAGGUUACGAUGCUGCUGUGUUUUGGAAGCACUCGCUGUUCAGAGGAGGCCUCGCAUCUCUGAGCCCUCCCUCAUGUUGCCAUGCACAGACUUAUUUUCUAUGAAGAGAACAGAUCUAUCAGAGCAUUUUGUAACAAAGGAAAGCACAUGUAUGUCAUUGCUUUUUGGAGUUGACAUUGCAAAAACAAAACAACAUAAAUACAAUAAUUUUUUGACA